ACAAAUACGACGAGUACAUGGAAGCAAAUGAUCAGAGUUGUAGCAACAUGGAGGAGACAAAGGAGAAUCUGUACCUGUUACCAUCGAAAAUGUUACAAGAGAUUAGCUCUUCUUCAUCGGAGCCGGUUGAUGCGGUUAUCUUCGUUGGGAUUUCGUUGGUAUUAGGAAUUGCUUGCAGACAUGCUCUUCGCGGUACCAGAGUUCCGUACACUAUCGCUUUGCUUAUCAUUGGCCUCGGUCUUGGCUCUCUCGAAUAUGGUACAAGUCAUAAAUUAGGAAGAAUCGGUGAUGGUAUUCGUAUUUGGAACAAUAUUGAUCCUGACCUUCUAUUAGCUGUUUUUCUACCUGCUUUACUCUUUGAGAGUGCAUUUUCCAUGGAAAUGCACCAGAUAAAGAGGUGUAUGGCACAAAUGCUUCUGCUUGCUGGUCCUGGAGUUCUUAUUUCGACCUUCUGUCUUGGAUCUGCUAUGAAGCUCACUCUUCCAUAUGGAUGGAACUGGAAAACUUCACUGUUGCUUGGGGGACUUCUUAGUGCCACUGAUCCUGUUGCUGUUGUGGCAUUGUUGAAGGAGCUUGGUGCUAGCAAAAAACUGAGCACCAUAAUUGAAGGCGAAUCCUUGAUGAAUGAUGGGACAGCAAUUGUGGUCUAUCAAUUAUUCUAUAAAAUGGUACUUGGACAGAGCUUUAGUUGGGAUGCCAUUAUUGCAUUUCUGGCCAAAGUCUCCCUUGGAGCUGUGGGCAUCGGAAUUGCUUUUGGGAUAGCAUCAGUUUUGUGGCUUGGAUUUAUUUUCAAUGAUACAGUGAUUGAGAUUACUUUGACACUUACCGUGAGCUACAUUGUUUACUUCACUGGUCAAGAAGGUAUUGAAGUUUCUGGUGUUUUAGCAGUGAUGACAUUAGGAAUGUUUUAUGCAGCUGUUGCAAAGACAGCCUUUAAGGGUGAUGGUCAGCAGAGCUUGCAUCACUUUUUGGAAAUGGUUGCCUAUAUUGCAAAUACAUUAAUUUUCAUCCUGAGUGGGGUUGAUAUAGCUGAAGGCAUUCUUGGCAAUGAUAAGAUAUUUCAUAACAAUGAAAAUUCGUGGGGCUAUCUGAUUCUUCUGUACAUCUUUGUCCAAGUAUCGCGAUGCAUUGUUGUUGGAGCAUUAUAUCCAUUUUUACGAUAUUUUGGAUAUGGUUUGGAUUUAAAGGAAGCUGCCAUCCUAAUAUGGUCAGGGCUCCGAGGGGCUGUUGCAUUAUCACUUUCUCUAUCUGUUAAGCGUUCCAGUGAUGGCUCACCAUAUAUCAGUUCUGAAACAGGAAGCCUGUUUGUUUUCUUCACCGGUGGAAUUGUAUUCUUGACACUUAUUGUGAAUGGAUCAACUACACAGUUCAUUUUACAUUUUCUGGAUAUGGAUAAACUGUCACCACCCAAGAAGCGUAUACUGGACUACACAAAGCAUGAAAUGUUGAACAAAGCAUUCGAGGCUUUUGAAGACUUAGGAGAUGAUGAGGAACUUGGACCUGCUGAUUGGCCUACAGUAAAGAGAUACAUCACAAGCUUAAAUGAUUUGGUGGGGGACCCUGUGCAUCCUCAUUCUGAAGCUGAAGCUGAUGAUAACCUGGACCCUUCAAACUUGAAAGAUAUAAGAGUACGGCUUUUAAAUGGUGUUCAGUCAGCAUACUGGGGAAUGCUUGAUGAAGGGAGAAUUUCAUAAAGUACAGCAAAUCUUUUGAUGCAAUCUGUUGAUGAAGCUAUUGAUGUGGCAUCUCAUGAACCUUUAUGUGAUUGGAAGGGCUUAAAAUCUUAUGUUCAUUUCCCAAAUUAUUACAAGUUUCUUCAGACAAGUAUGUUCCCACAAAAACUGAUUACUUAUUUCACCGUGGAAAGGCUGGAAAAUGGAUGCUGUGUUUGCGCUGCAUUUCUUCGAGCUCAUAGAAUUGCACAACGGCAACUUCAUGAGUUUAUAGGUGACAGUGUAGUUGCUUCUGCUGUAAUUUCUGAAAGUGAGGCUGAAGGAGACGAGGCGAGGAAGUUUUUGGAAGACGUCCGUACAACUUUUCCUCAGGUUUUGCGUGUUGUUAAAACAAGACAAGUGACCUACUCGGUAUUGAACCAUGUGAUUGAUUAUUUACAAAACCUCGAGAAGGUUGGGUUACUGGAAGAAAAGGAAAUGCUUCAUCUUCAUGAUGCUGUCCAGAUUGACUUGAAGAAGCUUUUAAGGAAUCCUCCCUUAGUAAAGAUUCCGAAAAUAAAUGAUCUUAUAAGUGCCCAUCCUUUACUAGGCGCCCUUCCUUCUACUGUCCGUGAAAAACUACAAGUUUCUACAAAAGAAAAAAUGAAAACACGUGGUAUGACACUUUUCAAAGAGGGUUCUAAACCAAAUGGCAUUUGGCUUAUUUCAAAUGGUGUUGUCAAGUGGAUGAGUAAGAGCAUGAGAAACAAGCACUCAGUGCAUCCAACUUUUACUCAUGGGAGUACGUUGGGCUUAUAUGAAGUAUUGGUUGGGAAACCAUACAUGUGCGACAUGGCCACAGAUUCCGUGGUUCUCUGUUUUUUUAUCGAAAGUGACAGAAUACUUUCAGUGCUAAGGUCGGAUCCUGAGGUAGAAGAUUUUCUCUGGCAGGAAAGUGCUAUUGUCCUUGCCAAACUCUUGGUUCCUCAAAUAUUUGAGAAAAUAGCACUGCCAGAUUUAAGAGCCCUUGUAGCAGAAAGGUCAUCAAUGAAGACGUACAUUACAGGGGAAACAAUAGAAGUGUCUCACCAAUCUAUUGGCUUCUUGUUGGAAGGGUUCAUUAAACCUUUACUUGUUCAAGAAGAGCUCAUCGCAUCACCGGCAGUUCUUCUGCCUUCACAAGGGAAUCAUAGUUUCUUGAAUGCAAAUAAGUCAGGUGCUACAACAGCCAGCUUUUCUCAUCAGCGAACGGGGUAUCAACUUGAGACGAGAGGAAGCAUGAUAUAUCAAGUUGAGACAAGAGCAAGAGUGAUUUUUGAUAUUGCGACACUCGAAGGCGGUAGAGUUUUGCAGAGAAAUUCAUCCUCAUUUAACCAUUCACACAAAACUUUAAGUAGAGAACAUGGAGGUCUUAUGAGUUGGCCUGAACAUCGACACACACAAAAUCAUGAAGCAAGUGAUGAACAAAACUGCUUAUCUGCAAGAGCUAUGCAGUUAAGCAUCUUUGGCGGCACGGUUGAUUUGCCACGGCGCAGCCGGAGUGUAUCAAGGAUGAAUCGAUCUCAGCCGGCAUACAACCGGUCAUACGAUAGAGUUCUUUCAUUCCCUGGCCAUCCACUGGUUUCUGUCAGAUCAGAAGGAUCUGUUACACUGAGGAAGAAUCUUGAAGAAGGGAGAAAGAUAACAAGAUGGGUACCCCCAGCACAAGUGAAGAACACAGACUCGAAAGAGAGUCACGUAAACGAUGAUUCGAGUGAUGAUGAAUCUGUUGGUGAGGGUGAAAUCCUGGUAAAAAUUGAUUCGCCUAGCAGAAUAUCAUUCAACCAUGCUUCUUGAAGGUUUGCCUAUGUCCUGUCUAUUCAUGGUUGUGAGUUCCUUCUCAAUUGGUGUAUCAUUAUAGAACUGUUGUGUCUUUUUGUUUGUGACAUAAUAUAUAUAGUUUGGUUGUGAACAAAAAAGCUUGGUUCGUUUUGAAUCAGCUUUCUGUUCUUCCAUUGAAUUUUAUUGGUCCAUUAGUCUUUCAUUUAGAAACCAGGGUGCUGGUUUUCAGAGUCGGUCAUGAAACAAUGAAUCC